AUGCAUUCAAAGGAGUUUCUGUUGAAUUUUGAUGAUGUGAAGGCAUUGGUUGAGAGAAAACUUGAAAAAAAUAGAGAGUUUAGUCCAAAAAUAAGGUUUAUUAAACAUUUGGCCUCUUAUUCAGUAACGAUACCAUCAUUAACUAGAAUGAGUAAUGAGGAACUAAGUAAAGCGGAAGAAAAUGGGGAAGAAAUAUAUAUGGACACUAUUAUAGUGCCUGCACUACCAAGAUCUUUGAAAACAGAGGACAAUUUGAGCAGUUUGAAGUGUAGAUUUUCCUACUCUCAAAAGCCAUGUUCAAUAUCUCCGGCAACGCAUUAUGACUUAUUGAGCAAGAUUUUUGGUUACGAAAGGUGUCAGGAGGUGAAUAUUUUUGCAGAUAGGUUUUGUUUGAGAAGGCUAAUAGAUUUUGCUUUAGGCUCUUCAAAUUCUGAAAAUGCAGACAUUAUGGUUUCAACAAAGUUGAGAGUUGACAAUCAAGGGGAGGUGAGAAAGAUUUCCCCAAUAAAAAUGCUUCCAAUUAAUAUAAAUGAAGGAUUUCCGAGUGUGGGAUUUCAAUUUGAGACUUUUUUGACACGGAGUGAAAUAGGGUUGGGAUUAAAUCCGGAUGCAGUUUUGAAAAUGGCGGAUUCUUGCUUUGUUGUGGAUGAAAUAUUCUUUGGAGAUUUGAAGUUGGUAAGAAGGUGUGAGAUAGAUGCAGUAAGAAAGCAACAUGUAUAUGGCAAUUCUAAAGAAAGAAGUAAGCAAGAGGAACAUAGAAAUAGUUUAUGUCAUAAGAAUUGGGAACAGAAGAUUUACAAUACAAAUACAGAAAAUAUGGAGAAGAGGAUGUGCCCUCCUUGUAGGGUGUUUUUAUCCGAUAAUUUUAAUUCUUCAAAUUUAUCCCCUGAAAAUAGGGUUGAGAUUAAAUCUAUUUCAUGUAGAAAUACUCACAAUUUUUCGUGGGUUUCAGUGUAUUUUCAAAUGCUCAUUGGGUCUACUCCUCUUUUAAUCAGGGGAUGCCAUAACAGGGGAUUCUUUAUGCAGGGAUCUAUAUCAUCUUUUAGUUUAGAUCAGGUUAAAGAGUUUUCAGGGAAGGAGCUAGGUACACAAAAAAGGUCAAAUUUAGAUUUUCCAGAGUCCAAUUGGGAUACAUUGACAUCGGCAAUUGCAUUUUCAGAGGCAAUACUUUUAUACAUGUCGAAUGAUUUGUUAGACUUGAUUGGAUCAUACUUAUUAAAAGAAAGCGGUCCUGGAGAUCAUUUUGUCAACUUUACUAUAAAAAAAAAGCAAAACAAUAUUAUUUUUCAAUUAUUAAAUCCAAACGACAAUUUACCCAAUAUUGCUGGCCCAAUAAAUUAUUGGAAUAAUUAUCUCUCUACUAAAUAA